GGCAGGCAGGCAGGCAGGCAGGCAAGCAAGCAAGCAGGCAGGCAGACAGACAGACAGGCAAAAGCAAGGCUCCGAUCCGUUGUGCUCCGUCGCUUUGCGCUCCGUUUUCCGUGUGUGUUGCCACGGUCGUUCGUGUGUUUUCGACUUAUCAAAUCGCGCGCGCCGCGGCGAAUCGAAUCGGAGUCGCCGGGACGACUAAUCGUGCCCGCGCGGUUUCCCUCGAGCGGUCGAGGCGGUUCGAAAACCCGCCGAAAUUUCGAGGUGAGAGGAACGCAGUCAAUCGGGACAGUUCGGCAUAACGUGGUAUACGACGUGGGAUCCUCUUCGGUCGAUUCCGCCGGUGUAUUAAACGAGAGAGAGAGAGAGAAAGAGAAGAGAGAGAGAAAAAAAGAGAGAAAAGAAGAAUGAGAGUGUGAGACAGAAAAGAAGAGAAGUGCCGCUUUUGUUGAUAACGUGUUGCGCACGUGUGUUUUUGGUGUCACGAUGAAAAUGUCAACGCGUGUUGUUCCCGAGAUGUUGAAACGACUUAUCAAAUUGUAAAUUGCGACGAUCGUACGCACGAAUUGUUUAAUCGUUGAACCGAAUUAAUCAGCUGAUGUUAUAAUUGCACGUGUGUGAUAGUGUGCGAAUAAUUUCGUGUGACGGGAAGAAGAAACGAAUUUGUUCUCACGAGAGAGUGCGCGACUUUAAUGAACGUCUAAACGCGGACUGUAUUUGACAGAAGUGUGAAAUUUUUAAUUUUGACUCUUCAAGUGUUUUUGUGCAAUAAAUUUGUUGUGCGAAUAAUCGAAAGCACAUUAACGAAAAAUCGCAACAACGUGACGGAGUCCGUUAACGAUUAAAUGAAUAAAUUCGCAAUUAUUUAUAGCGGAUCGCAGCGACGAAUUAUUACCGUCGCGAUGCAAAUCCGUUCGCAAACGUGCGGUAGAAAUAGUGAUCGCGUGAAGUGACAAAAAGUAUCGCAUCUUUUGCGAAGAAACAAAAAAGAAGACGCACAGCCUUCACAGAGAAAAUUAAUUGUACUUUUUGAAGACAGAAAUUGGUCAGUGGUGUAUACUUCCCUGGCUUCUGAGACACAGUGACGUGGCUUGUUGAUGGACACAUCGGUGAAAAUCCAUUCGACAACGGCUCGUGGGGAAAGGAUCAUUUUCAGCCAUCAACAGUUCCCUGGCAGCUGAAUCCGCGCGGCCACGGUCGUCCUAGUGACGAUGGCAUAAUGGAUCAUGACACAGACGGAGACGGCGCGAUCAACUUGUCAACGUCACAGCGACCCUCCGCCGCCACUACCCCUAAUGGUGAUACUCCCACUUACGGCCAGGAUCAACAAGACAACGAUCAGGCUACUUCGCUGUUUGCAGCCCUGAAGCAGCAGCAGCAACAGCAGCAGCAACAAUCGCGCGACAGCGUUUUUUCGUCGCGGGACCGCGACAGGGAUCGUCUGUCUGCAAGUCGCAAUCGUGCAGACUCCGGCAGAGGCAACAUAGCGGAAACCGGCAGUGGUAGCGGAGUUGCUGAUCAACAGCAGCAACAGCAGGAUCUCAGCAUCGAGUACCAAAGCAAUGGGAAGCUCAGUCCCGCCGGACACGCAGUGACAGCAGCACCCAUGACACAGCAAAAGCAGCCGAUCAUCACGCAGCAGUCGCAACAGCCCAGCUCGGGGGCACCAGGGCCCCAACCUAGUCCGCAUCAAAGCCCGCAGGCCCCACAGAGGGGUUCACCGCCGAAUCCGUCACAGGGUCCGCCACCCGGUGGCCCGCCAGGGGCUCCGCCCUCGCAAACCCCCUCACAGAUGAUGCUCAGCUCGGCGAGCGGCCUCCAUCAGAUGCAACAGCUACUGCAGCAACACAUACUCAGUCCCACGCAGCUGCAGUCCUUUAUGCAGCAGCACACGUUGUAUCUGCAACAACAACAACAACAACAGCAACAACAGCAGCAGCAGCAGCAGCAGCAACAUCAUCAGGAUUCAUCUUCCGAUCAUGCGUCUAAUCAGGAACGAUUCGGCUAUUUCUCUUCUUUGAAGAAUCAUCAACAUCAGCUCGCAGAACUCAACAAGAAACAGCUCGAGCAGGCGAUGCAGCAGUUGCAGGAACAGUUACAGCUGAACUUAUUUCAGCAGACGCAUUUGUUGCAAACGGCGGACAAGAAGAAGGCAUCGGCGCCUCUCCAGCAACUGGCGAUUCAGCAACAACAACUGAUACAGCAAUUGCAAAUCACGCAGAGGCAGUAUCUGUUGCAGCAAGGUCUGAGUCUUCAAGGUCACAAUCCUUCUUCAGGUUUGCCACCGAGUGACAAUUUGUCGUCAUGGAAAUCCGAACCGACGGACACUCCGGAAUCCCAUCAGAAUUCAAACGUGUCGAAAUCCAACUCCGGAUUGAACGCUUCAAACCGACGAUCCGAGGUGAACGGUACAACGCCGUUGGACGAGAAGCCACUGGACGUCUCCUGCAACGACAAAGUUCAUCCCCUCUAUGGCCAUGGGGUUUGCAAGUGGCCAGGCUGUGAAGUAAUUUGUGAAGACUAUCAAGCAUUCCUUAAACACUUAAAUACAGAGCACACGUUGGACGACCGAUCAACAGCGCAAGCUAGGGUUCAGAUGCAAGUGGUGUCGCAGCUAGAAAUUCAGUUGCAAAAGGAACGAGAUCGAUUAGGCGCCAUGAUGCAUCAUCUGCAUAUGGCGAAACAAAUGGCUUCCCCGGAACCACCAAAGUCAUCCGAGUCUUCGACGGGCUCGAGUUUACCAAAGCUAAAUUUUUCCACGGCGCUGAUGAGUCAGCCGCCACCUAACUUCGGGGUCUCUCAGGUGUCGCCGGUAUCAAUGUCCGCGCUGGUGUCCGCCGUGAGGUCACCCGCGGGUGGUCAGCUACCCCCAUCAGCUGGUGGCGCUCCGAUGCCACCACUUCCGACCAUACCCAACAUGUCCGGUUUGCCACCGAUGCCUAAUAUGCCUGGCAGCAUGCCGAGUAUGGCCGGCCCGAUCAGACGACGCAUCAGCGACAAAUCGGCUCUUUCUCUGGCAGGAGGGCUGCCCUACAUGCUGGAGCGUGCUGGCCUUGACGUCCAACAAGAAAUUCAGCGAAAUAGGGAAUUCUACAAGAAUGCAGACGUCAGACCUCCGUUCACGUAUGCAUCCUUAAUUCGGCAGUCCAUCAUCGAAUCUCCCGAGAAGCAGCUGACGCUCAAUGAAAUUUACAACUGGUUCCAAAACACAUUCUGCUACUUCCGGCGCAACGCAGCAACGUGGAAGAACGCGAUCCGCACCAAUCUAUCAUUGCACAAGUGUUUUGUGCGCUAUGAGGACGACUUCGGGUCAUUCUGGAUGGUGGACGACGCCGAGUUCGUAAAGCGGCGGCAUCUGUCCCGCGGCCGCCCCAGGAAAUAUGACCCAACCCCAUCACCCACUCCACCCCACCUCUCCGCACAGGGUGUCCCAUCAAAGAGCCCGACGCUGACGCACAGUCCCACCAUGUACGGUGACGCGUUGAAUGCCAAUCUGCAGUAUUUUCAGGCACUCGGGGAGUCUAACAUAGGAUUUUUAAACAAUCCAAUGUGCACAUCGACGGCGACGAGUCCUGACAAGGAACACGUAUUACCUCACAAUGACUUAAUGUCGCCGCUGGAUGAACCGGCCGUGCACAUAAAGCAGGAGAGCCAGAGUCCGGAAGGAGGGAAGCACACGAGAUUAAUAAAGCGCGAGCUGCCGGACGGUCCCAUGGAGCAGGAGACGGAGGAGGAUCAGGCGGACGACAGGGAAUACUCGGAGAGCCACGGCCACGACUCCGGCCAGGACGAGGACAUAGCGGAGGAUCUGUCGAUGGCGCCCGACAUAAUGAUCCCGGAGGAUCAGGUUGAGGCGUAGUACCGUUCCGUCGCGAGUCAGUAGAAAGACGGAGGUGUGUAUUUUACAAAAAAAAAAAAAAAGAACGAUGUACCGUGUUAGGUACGCGAAGAGAGGAGUUCUCCGCGCUGGCCAGGAUAAUAAUUAAGACAGGCGUAGAAGAGAAGGGAGGACGAAGAGACUCACGACGAAGAGGACGAUAAAGACACCCCCAGGACCACCCACCCCCUCCACUCCUCCUUCGUACGGAUUUUUCCCCCCUCAACGUAUCAUAUCUGUGCCGCGACGCCCAAAUGGCUUUAAAGGUAAAAAAUAAAAUAAAAAAAAAAAACGAAAAAAAAAAAACGAAAAAGGAAGGCGAGCGAAUUGCGCGGAACAAAGACACUAUCGGUGAGCGAUCACGAGUAAAACCCCCCACUGAGAGCGGACGAUCAUUGAGCCGAGGUCUCUAUCGUCGCGCCGGUAGCGUCCAAGUCUCGGCCGACAUUCGGGAGCGAUCCUUCGAUCCAUAUCCUUACUCAAGCAAUUGCGAACAACGAUGUAUUUUUAUUUUCCUCUCGACUUUUUCCGUUUCGGAAGCCGCGGUUAAUAUAUCUAAUAGACGUAUACAUAAAAUAUAUAUACAUAUACAUAUAUCUCUCUCUCGUGUACAUUGCAUUAGAAAUUAAUGUGACGACGAUGGGACACCUCGCACGGCGCGCCUAGCGGUCGGCGCAUCUUUUUACCGGGCGUCCCCGAAAAAAAAAAAAAAAAAACUCAACGGGAAGUAUCCUUCGCCGGAUGAACCGACGUGAUUUGUACACUUCUAAUGGCGACAGACGCCAUUUGCUUAGCAAGUCUUGAAAAUUUGUUUCUUCCUUUAUUUCACACUCAAGUCGAAAAAACUUGUUGAAAAAAAAAAAAAUGUACACACAUACGCACGCGUUACGUACAUGUAAAACAAAAUCGGUAUAUUUUUAAAAUAUGCAAUUGAUUUUGCGACUGUGUGAUUACAACGAGUCUUUUUUGCGAUUUAAAAAAAAAGAAAUUCUUUUUGUUUAUUUUACAAAAAAACCAUUGCACGAACGUUUUAUGCGUAACAAUGCGUUUGUCUGUACAAAUCAAAUCUCGGACACGGAAUUCACAUUGUAGCAAAAAAAAAAAAAGAAAGAUACGUCGAGACUUGCCAGGAAGCAUCGCGCGGUUCCACCGGAGAAGUGAAGUCGGUCAGACAGUCCCCGGCAGGAUCGAAUUUAAAAAAAAAUAAAAUCGACGAAGAGAGCCGUGGUGGUGGUGGUGGUGGGUACGUACGGGAGCGACUGAGUUUAGUCUUUAAGGCGUUCGCCCAAGGCGAAUCAAUGUGUUAUCCUCGCGAUUAAGCGGGUCCUACCCUCCCGCCCCCUGCCCAGAAGAGGCCCAGUAUCAGACAAGUUAAAAAUAAGACAAUUUGCAUCCGCGAAAGAGACAUCCGGAUGCGACAUCCCGGCGUACCCGUCCGCUACUUGGUAGCACUCUGUAUAGUCUAUAGCGAAGUUGGUCGUAAGUAGUUUCGUAUUCAUUUUAAAAAGAAACAAAAAAUACGGUCAUUCAAAUACGGUCGAAACGAGGCGGUCGAUUAUUUAAGUAAGCGAGCGUCAACGACACGACACGCGUGCGUGUGUGCGCGCGCGCGCUCGAGACGAUCUUUCGAAUUUACUUUCCGAUCGAGCCGGUCAGGAAUCCGCGAUGCAGAACGAAUAUAAAUGAUAGAUGAACGUAGCUCUGCGAGACGAUCGAAUACACACACACACACACACACAUAUGUACACACACACUCGAGCGAACGUCACGACGGGGAUAAGUGGGAAGAUCGCUAACGCGACGUUUUAUAUUCACGUGUGCGUUACGUACGUUGCAUCACGUGUGCGAGUUAAAAUAAAAUUUCAGAUUCGAUGUCUGCGCUAAAAAAAAAAAAAAAAAAAAC